GGCUGCGGGUUCAAGGGGCGCCCCUCGCUCUCGCUAGGUCCCCGCUAUAGUCCCGGGUCUGCGGGAGGGAGCCCCUUCCAGAUUCCCCCGUUCAUUGCCCCAAUCCGAUGCGGACUGACCGGAUUGCUGGGAAGAUCAUCUUAUACACUAAGCUGAUCAAGUACUUUGAAAAUGACUUCAAAACUCCACUGGGUGGCCUUCAUACUUGCUGCAUUAACAUUUUCAAUUGCAUUUUCUCUCCAACCAGACCAGCAUAAGGUUCUUCUAAUUUCAUUUGAUGGAUUCCGUUGGGAUUACUUAUAUAGAGUUCCAACACCCCAUUUUCAUUAUGUUAUGAAAUACGGUGUUCAUGUGAAACAAGUUACUAACAUUUUUAUUACGAAGACUUACCCCAACCAUUAUACUUUGGUAACUGGCCUCUUUGCAGAGAACCAUGGGAUUGUUGCAAAUGACAUGUUUGAUCCUAUUCUGAACAAAUCUUUCUCCUUGGAUCACAUGAAUAUUUAUGAUUCUGAGUUUUGGGAAGGAGCAACUCCAAUCUGGAUCACAAAUCAGAAGGCAGGACAUACUAGUGGUGCAGCCAUGUGGCCCGGAACAGAUGUAAAAAUACAUCAGAGUUUCCCUUCUCACUACAUGCUUUACAAUGAGUCCGUUUCAUUUGAAGAGAGAGUUGCCAAAAUUAUUGAAUGGUUUACAUCAGAAGAGCCCAUAAAUCUUGGCCUUCUCUAUUGGGAAGAACCCGAUGACAUGGGCCACCGUUUGGGACCUGACAGUCCGCUCAUGGGGCCUGUCAUUUCAGAUAUUGACAAGAAGUUAGGAUACCUUAUACAAAUGCUGAAAAAGGCAAAAUUGUGGAACACUCUGAAUAUAAUUAUCACAAGCGAUCAUGGAAUGACCCAGUGUUCUGAGGAAAGGGUAAUAGAACUUGACCAGUAUCUGGAUAAGGACCACUAUAUCCUGAUUGACCAAUCUCCAGUAGCAGCCAUCUUGCCAAAAGAAGGUAAAUUUGAUGAAGUCUAUGAAGCACUAGCUCAUGCUCACCCUAAUCUUACUGUUUACAAAAAAGAAGAGAUUCCGGAAAGAUGGCAUUACAAAUACAAUAAUCGAGUUCAACCAAUUAUAGCAGUGGCUGACGAAGGGUGGUAUAUUUUACAGAAUAAGUCAGAUGGCCUUAUGUUAGGCAACCAUGGUUAUGAUAAUGCAUUAGCAGAAAUGCAUCCAAUAUUUUUAGCCCACGGCCCUGCCUUCAGAAAGAAUUUCACAAAAGAAGCCAUGAACUCCACAGAUCUGUACCCACUGAUCUGCCACCUGCUCAAUAUCACUGCCAUGCCACAUAACGGAUCACUCGGGCAUGUCCAGGACCUGCUCAGUUCAACAGCUCCAAGAGCCAUUCCUCACACACAGAGUACCACCCUCCUCCAUGGUGGCGUCAAACCAAGAGAAAACGAGCAAGAGGAAUCAUAUGCUUAUUUCAUAGGGGUCUCUCUCGGUAGCAUUGUAGUUAUUGUGUUUUUUAUAGUUUUCAUUAAACAUUUAAUUCGCAGUCAAAUACCUGCCUUAUCAGAUAUGCAGGCUGAAAUAGCUCAACCAUUAUUACAAGCCUAAUGCUACUUUAAGUGGAGAUUGCCUAAUUAUGGCAGUGUUUAAAGGUUUCAGAUUCUAGGAAACCACUCUCAGACCUUCGCACAGACAAUUAAGCAGGUACUAUACAGGCAUAGUCUCUCUCUCUCUCUCUCUCUCUCUCUCUCUCUCUCUCUCUCUC